AUGGCGUCUAAAAGUGAAGGGAUUCAGCAACUUUUACAAGCUGAAAAAAAGGCUAGUGAACUUGUAAAUGACGCAAAGAAACGAAAGACGAGAAGAUUAAAGCAGGCGAAAGAGGAAGCACAAUCUGAAAUAGAAAAAUUUAAAGUUCAACGUGAGCAAGAAUUUCAAGCUAAAGUGAAAGAGAGUUCCGGAUCAAAGGAUGAUUUUGCCAUCAAAAUUAAAGAUCAGACCCAUCAAAAAAUCAAUGAUCAAAAUCGUCUCGCUGCUGCAAAUAAAAAUAAAGUAAUAGAUCGCGUCCUAUCCUUGCUCUACGAUAUCAAACCAGAAUUACAUGAAAAUUAUCGCAUAAAUUAAAACACUUCGCGUGUUCAAUAAGCACCAAGGUUCACUAGAUAAAAAUAUUAGAUAUUUACAAUUCGUAUAAGUGCAUUAUUGCUUAUGCAAGACUCUUCUAUUUGACUAACAAUGUACUAACAUAAGGUAGAUGAACACUAAAUCGUUUUACUAUUAUCUAAACCGAGAGCUCAAAACGUGCAGCUCUCUGGAUUGAAAUAAGUAUUAAGACAUCCUUUGUGUUACGAGACUAGCUUGUAGUGUGGCUGUCUAUUCAGCUUCGGUUAUAUAAACUCGUAGUAACAAGAAAUAAUUCAGCUAUCUACUAAGCGGCUUGGCUUUAAACAUAUCCAUAUAGUAACAUUGGUCUUGCUUCCAUUGUUAGAUUAUUAUUGUAUUUAAAUAUUCUCAUAAUUUUUGAUCUGCAUGAUGUUUAUAAUUUUCAUAAAGAUUUGAUAAUAUCUUGGUUAUCUCUUAAAGUACAUCAAUAAUUGAAAUGUUAAAU